AUGUCGAGUGAUGGCUCAAUCUUUGAUACAACGAAAAACUUUUUGCAAAUGUGGAUGGCAUUAAAGGAGGAGGAUCGUGCAAAUAAUAUAACUGCUGAAGCAAAACACACUAAAAUAACAUGUGAAUUAUCGCCAAAAAAAUUUGACGACGAUAAACAAGAUAUUAUUAAUGAAAAACAUUACGCUGAUUAUGAUGACUAUAAUGACAAUUAUGAAGAUUAUGAAGAUCCAUUGAUGGAUGGUAGAAACAAAAUUUACACAACUCAACAACCAUUUGUUCACAAUAAUCAAAUUAUAUAUUAUAAAAUAUAA